CACACCGCCCCUGGCCCGGAGGAAUGUGGAGGCUUUAAAAAUAGCAUCCUCUCCUCUGUCAGCGCUGCUCCGGAGGCUCCGCGGCACUCUGCUGGGAGAGGCAGGAAGAUGGCUGCAGACCUGGGAGAGCUGCUGGUCCCUUACAUGCCCACCGUCCGAGUCCCGAAAACAGGAGACAGGGUUUUCAAGAGCGAGUGUGCCUUCUCCUUCGACUCUCCCGAAUCUGAGGGAGGCCUGUAUGUGUGCAUGAACACAUUCCUGGGCUUCGGACGUGAGCACGUGGAGAGACAUUAUCGCAAAACAGGACAGAGCAUUUAUAUGCACCUCAAACGACACGUCAGAAAGAAAGCCACAGGAGCAGCAGGAGGCGCUAUCCCCAGACGAAGGAAUGGGAAAGUGUUCCUAGAUUUAGAGUUAAACCGUGAUUUUAAUGGAGACGACUACGAAUACGAAGAUGAGGCCAAGCUCGUCAUUUUUCCAGACCACUUCGAGAUUCCUUUACCAAAUAUUGAGGAGUUGCCUGCUCUGGUGACCAUUGCUUGUGACGCAGUACUCAACGCACCAUCGGCUUACAAGAAACAGGAGCCUGAGUCCUGGGAGGAGGAGAUCCAGGUCUCCAGACACGCCAGAAGCCUCAGACAACUGGACAACAAGGUUCGAAUUCCACCCAGUGGCUGGAAAUGCCAGAAAUGUGAGCUGAAAGAAAACCUGUGGCUGAACCUGACAGAUGGAUCGGUGCUCUGUGGGAAGUGGUUCUUCGACGGGAGCGGAGGUAACGGCCACGCUCUGGAGCACUACAGAGAGACCAACUACCCCCUGGCUGUGAAACUGGACACCAUUACCCCAGACGGAGCAGAUGUUUACUCGUUCGAGGAGGAGGAAGCUGUGUUGGACCCUCACAUAUCAGAACACUUGUCACACUUUGGAAUAGACAUGCUACAAAUGCAGAAGAGAACAGAAAAUGGGCACCACACAGACAAUAACUCCCGACCGCGGGUCAGUGAGUGGGAGGUGAUCCAGGAGUCGGGCAUGAAGCUGAAGGCGGUGUUUGGUUCUGGUUACACGGGCGUCAAGAACCUGGGCAACAGCUGCUAUCUAAGCACAAUACUGCAAGUCCUCUUCAGCAUCCCAGACUUCCAGAGGAUGUAUGUAGGUAAUCUUCAAAGGAUAUUUGACUAUUCACCCCUUGACCCCACCCAGGACUUCGCCACUCAGAUGGCUAAACUGGGACAUGGGCUGCUCUCAGGCCAGUACUCCAAACCUCCCAUGAAAUCUGAGCUCAUUGAACAGGUGAUGAAAGAAGAACACAAGGUAUUAAACGGGCACCAGCAGAGGGGCAUCUCUCCUCGAAUGUUCAAGGCCCUAGUUGGCAGGGGACACCUAGAGUUUUCCUCCAACAGACAACAAGAUGCCCACGAGUUCCUCCUGCACCUCAUCAACCUGGUGGAGAGGAACAGUGCCGGGUCUGAGAAUCCAAGCGAUGUUUUCCGCUUCCUGGUGGAGGAGAGAGUUCAGUGCUGUCAGUCACGACGGGUUCGUUACUCUCAGAGGGUUGACUACUGCAUCCAGCUGCCGGCUCCCAUCGAGGCAGCCACCAAUCGAGAGGAGCUGCUGGCCUAUGAAGCCAAGAGAAAAGAAGCUGAGGAGAACAUACGGGCUCUCCCUGAACCGGUGCGAGCACGCAUCCCUUUCACUGCUUGUCUGCAGGCUUUCACAGAACCAGAAAAUGUCCCUGACUUCUGGAGCUCAGCGCUGCAGGCCAAGUCAGCUGGAGUCAAAACUUCCCGUUUUGCCUCGUUCCCAGAGUAUCUGAUUGUGCAGAUCAAGAAAUUCACAUUCGGUGUUGACUGGGUGCCAAAGAAACUUGACUUGGCCAUAGAUGUUCCAGACUUUCUGGAUCUAAGCCGGCUCCGGGCCACAGGGCUGCAGGCAGGCGAAGAGGAGCUGCCUGACCUCCUGCCUCCCAUCGUGUUGCCUGAAGACUCCAGAGAUAACUCCAUGAGCUCAUCAGACUCUCCGGAGAUCGAUGAGGCGGCGGUUAUGCAGCUGGCAGAGAUGGGAUUUCCACUGGAGGCCUGCAGGAAGGCGGUGUACUAUACUGGCAACAUGGGCCCUGAGAUGGCCUUCAAUUGGAUCAUAGCCCACAUGGAGGAGCCUGACUUUGCAGAACCACUCACUCUGCCCUCCAUGAUGGAUCCCGGUCCCCCCGCCAGCGACAGCACCAUGGGGGCCACACCACUGGGAAUCUCGCCCCCCGAGGAGAGCGUCGCCAUCCUCACAUCGAUGGGCUUCCCUCGCUCUCACAGCAUCAAUGCGCUCAAAGCUACAAACAAUAAUCUGGAACGAGCACUCGACUGGAUCUUCAUCCACCCACAGGAAGAGGAAAGCGACACCCUUUCAGACAUGGCCGACACAGAGCCCAAUGACAACGCCUUCUCCAACACCAACUCUCACAGCGACUCUACGCUGUCCCCAGACAGAGACGUGUCAGGCCCCCGAGUCAAAGAUGGACCGGGACGAUAUGAACUCUUUGCCUUCAUCAGCCACAUGGGAGCAUCCACAAUGUCUGGACAUUAUGUUUGUCACAUCAAAAAGGAAGGAAGGUGGGUGAUCUACAACGACCACAAAGUGUGUCUGUCAGAAAGGCCUCCAAAAGACUUGGGCUACAUCUACUUUUACCGUCGACUUUCUAGCAGUUAAAGUCACCCCCCACCCCAUCGCCCCCACCCCUGCAUCUUUUACAACCUGUCUUUCAGCCAGAGGACUGACUGACAGAUGACUGUGACAAAAGUGAAAAUUAUGGAAGAAACCUCACAGACCAGCUGCUUUGCCUUAUCAAGAUCUCAAACCGGAGCAACCAGGAACUCUGGUCAGAAAGGGAAGGCGACGUGCUUUAAUGUGCAUUAGUUGUGUUUAUGCUUUAAAUGUAUAUUUCAGUGUUUAUCUACAAAAAAAACCCCAAAAAACAAAAAUAUGUGUAGGUACUGAGGCAUGUGUGCAAUCUCGGUUUCUGGGGUUUUCUGUA